AGCACUAUUAACCCACUUUCAAAAUGGCGUCGGUGCGCUCGUAUCUGAAGCCUUUCAGGCCUUUAUUUAUCAUGAUUUUCCUGCUGCUUGUUGGUUUUCUGACGUACAUCACUGCCACUGACGAACCGGACGACAACAGUAAUGAUUUUGCUGAAUUUGAAACGGAAGGGGACGAAGAAGAUGAAGAAGAAACAGAGGUGCAUGGAACAGGCGAUCAAGAUGACGAUGAAGAAGAGGAAGCUGAUGUUGCAGAAGAAACAGAUGAGUCAGAGGCAAAUGUUGAAGAGUCAGAGGAGGAGCAAGAAGAGUUUGAUCACUUUACUGAUGAAGAAGAAUUUGAGGGAUAUAAUAAAGAAAAAAUACCAAAAGGAAAAUCAGGUCCACAACCUGAUUUAAAAAUAAAGAAGAUUCCUGUUCAUUUAAGGGCAAACUGGGAGGGAUUUUAUGCUGAAAUUCUGACUCUAGCUGGGCUAGCAGCCUAUGCACUUAAUUUCUUUGCUGGACGAAGUAAAAACUCAAGGCUUGCAACUGCAUGGUUAAAAUCUAAUAAAGAACUUUUGGAGAGUAAUUUCAGUGUAGUGGGUGAUGAUGGCUCCAGUGAGGAACCUCAACAAGGAAUAUUGGUGAAGGAGAGUGAGAGUCUGUAUACAUUAUGGUGCACAGGGAGGGUAGGCUGUGAUGGAUUGCUUGUUGAAAUUAAGUUACAGAAGCGUCAUGAUCUUGUUAGUGUGAUGUCUUAUUUAGUCAAACCAGCCAGGGAUACUGUGACAGUUACAGUGCACAUGACUGAUGAAGAAAUGGACAACUUUGUUCUUGCUGUUUUACCAAAGAAGACUGCUGCUAAGAUGCAAAAGGAGCUCCAAGAUUUGACCUUCUUCUGUCCUGAUAAACGUGCUGGACCUAAAUAUGAUCUACCUGGCUCAUUUGUUGUGUUAACUGAGUCUGCUGAAGCAGCCAGUGCCAUUUUAUCAUCACAGAUCACAAGAGCUAUUUCCAGUGGUGAAGAAAUGCUUGACUCAUUGAUAUUUUCUGAUCAAUAUGUGGGUCCAAAGCAACCUGAUGACGAUGACCAGGCAGCUAGUGGGAAACCUGUCAAACCUAAGAAGGUCCUGCUUUUUAACUUUAAAGUGCCUUCUAAAGGGAGCAGUACCAAGUCAUCUGACAUGGUCAAAUUAGAACCGAUGAUGAAACUAGUUCUUCACUGUAUUGAUAGGGUUAGACGGUUUAAGCUCGGAAAAGAGGCUAAAGCUAAAGCUGACAAAAAUCGGCGAGAACUCGAGGAAAAUCUGCUGAAACAAUCUCAUGCUCAAAGGCAAGAAGCCGCACAGCAACGUCGCGAAGACAAAGUAAGAGCUGAGAAAGAACGAAUCAUGCAAGAGGAUGACCCUGACAGACAGCGAAGGCUGGAGGAAAGAGAACACAAGAAAGAAAUGAAGAAAAGAAAUCCAUUCAAAGUAAAACAAGUCAAAGCACGUGGCUGAAGGAAAAGUUUGAGAACUUUUGUUUGACGCUGGAUGAUCCAAGUUUUUAUUUACUUCGUUCAGAAUUUUUCUUAAACGCUGCAAUUUGAUUUACAACCCUCAAAGGAAAACGGAGUUUUCUAAAAUCAUGAAACGCAGAGUUAAAAAUCUGACUCCAGCGUCUAAUGAAUAAUAGGAGCAUAAUGACGACAAGUUUAACGACGAAUGUGUUAUUUAUUUCGUGUUUUUAUACAUAGAUUUAAAAAUUACUCCUUCUUUGAGGAUAUUUUUUCGUUUUGUUUCAGUCUUCCAUGAUUAUUACUUGUAAUUGAUUUUUAUCUGAGAAUCAAGACUCAUUGUAUUAUGUAAUGUUACAAACAGCUGGCUGUCACUCUCUGUCCACGUGACUUCGGGAUUAUCUGUGUUUCGACUAUUUCAUGGCCUCUAGCUGCUCUUUUAUUUUUGGUGGUUAAUAAUAUCAUAACAAGAAGAUAAAACUGGCCCGUCUUUUGUGUCCUUUUUUUUUUGUGGUCAGAAAGACGUAAAUGAAGGUUUUAAAAAAUUGCGUGUUCGUAAAAUUGCGUUCUCGUUAAACCUCAAGGCGAAUCGAAAAGUGUUCAUUUGCUUGAAGCAAGAGAUAGAUGUUAGUCAUUAACAGUUAGCUCUGCUA